UGAAACGUUUGUCCAAUCGAAAAACACCUUCAUCGUCUAAACCCAAUAAAUGUGUAUUAGUCCAUGUAUUGUUUAAAUAAUUACAUUUUAUACAAAUACAUACGUUUCAGUGAAGCAUACGCUUGAAUAGACAAUUGGUUAUUUUUAAUAACAGUUUGUGUAUAUUCAGGUAGACAUUUCGAGACACCUAACCUUAGUGGGUUAGCAUUCAAAACUUCGCAAUUAUUGUUCUCAUACCAGAACGAUUAUGUUUUAUCAAGAAUUGUUAAUUUAAUCUCAAUAUGUUAUUGUUGUAACAAUUAUAUACGGUUAAGUAAAAUUGCUAUGGAUGAUGAGUGUAAGGAGUACAGAAGAAGUAAACCACAACAAAAGCUGUAUAAACCUGGCAGUGGACCAUUGCGACGAUCUGGUAAUGGUUUUGAUGGAAAAAUGGAUUCAUACGAAGUAGAAAACGGGGCCAGAGCUCGAAGUCACUACGGAUCUCAUAAUUCUGUUAACGAUUUAGACGUAAACGCUAGUGGCAGGGAGCAAGUAAACCGCCAUAAGAAGCCUGAACAACAACUGUACGUGCCUAAGUCCAGCGAGUCGGGGUAUGAUAUGGACCGACAGACCAAGGCGCCAAUGCGGGGUGACAAUAAUUCUAGUCAGUAUAUGAAUAGAAGAAUGUCGAAUAAACAUGACAAUAACCAUGGCUUCAAUAGUGCAUCAGGGUCCAGGGGAGGCUCUAGGAGAGAUAGAUCAUAUGCAGAGUAUCAAAACAAAGACAGUACAAAUAAUGAUAUUAAUUAUAAUAGACAUUAUAGACAGGUCUCUGAACCUAGGGCACAGUCACCAACACAUCCAGCCCAUAAGGUGAAAAAUGUUGACAGAAACAGGGAUAGUAGAAGUAUGGAGGCAUCUGCAGGGCGGCAACUAUCAGGUUCCGGGGCUAAACCACCUACAGGCAGGCGCAACUCGGCAGGAUAUGCUACUGAUUCCUCCCGCCCGAAGUACAUGGUAAACCUAGACAACAUACCACCAAGAUUUAGGAAAAAGUUUUUAGAACAGUCUGGUCAUCAUAGUUUUGACAGUAUGGAUCAAAAAAAUAAGCAAUUUUCAAAUUAUUCCGGACAAUCGAAUUAUAAUCAGGGCCCAUAUACUAACACCAACUCCAGCUGGUCCCAAACCCUGCCUUCAAGAGGCCGGGGUCGCCUCAGGGACAAUGACAACUUUGACAGAGAAAAAUUCAUCAAUUCUUACUUGAAGAACUAUGAAGUACAAAAUUCAAGAAGAUCAACCCCAAGCAACUCGUAUCUGAACUUGAGCGAGCCGAGCGCAAGUGAUGAUCUAAACCUUAAUGAGAGGGAAACACUGAACCAGAAAAGCUCUUAUGAUUAUGCACCAAAAAAUGGAAUUAUAAAAUCAAACCAUGGAAAUGCCUACCAUGAGGAGAACCAGAAGCAUGAUUCUGACACACAUGAUGACACUGAAGCUAUUUCACACAGCUCAUCAAAUCUGCUUGACAUGACAAACUUGGAUUGGACGGAGGAAGUGGAAAAGAAUAUUAAACUGGACGACAUGGAUGACACGUCCACUAGUUUCUCUCAGAACAUACCACCACCGACUACAGUGCCACAGGAAGCCAAGCCUAGCGAGCCAAGGGAGUCCAAGAGAAGAUCCCGUAGAAGAGACAAGAGAAGUUCCAGUAGAGGGCAAAGAAAUUCAGAGAAAAAGGCUGAACGUAACAGAAAGGACAGUAACGUAAGCGUUCAGCACGAAGCCGUAACGCCCAGUGUGAAGAAUCGCGACAGAGAACGGAGAGACAGUUACAAAAGUAAUCGCUCUUCGACAAUUGGUAACAGCAGGGAUGAUCUGGAUCAUUGGAGAUCUCUGAGGUCAUACAGCAGGGAACAGAGCACAGAAGGGAGGAUAGUAUCGCAAUGCAACAGCCGGGACGUGUCGGCGCACCGCGCGCUCAGCCCGAGGGACCACGACGGCUUCCGAGUGCCUGCCGCCGUCGCGAAGAACUCUUUAUGGUCGUCGAAUAAUCAGGUAAAUGGGCCGAUUUGUAUUUUGUUGUCGAUUUUUUCGUUAAAAAAAGUGACAAACGGCGGCUGGGCGCACCCGCACCCGCAGCCUAGCACGGGCAGCGGGUCGCGGCGGGCGUCGCCGGAGCCGGCGGAGACGGGCGGGCCGCGGCGGCGCGCCGGCAAGCGCUCGGGCCGGCGCCGCCGCAACGCCGAGAACGUCGCGCCGCCCGCGCCCGACCCGCCCGCCGCCACGCCCAAGCCCACCACCACCAACUGGCGGGAGGAGAUACUCGAGUCCAAGAAGCACACAGCUCCUGAAAACACGCAUCAAAGGAACAGGCUAAACAGCGUCAUGUCCGACAAAUCCAUAUCGGAAACGUCAACCUCGCAGCCGGGGCUGUUAAUAUUGCCGCAAAACUCUCAUUUACCUAAAGACCAAAGUCGCGGUGGCUCGGUUGAAAAUCAGAAAACCCUGUAUGAUUAUCAUAAUCCAUCCAAACCAAUUAUAGUACAAACUAGUCCAACACAAAUUAAUUCAAGAAUGGAAAGAGGGAUGUCAGAGUGCGGAGGCAGGAACGAGUCGGGCGACUCCCGCGGGGCGCGACACCGGGAGCUGCUGCAGCAAGUGGACCGCGCCGACGCCGUGCUGCACGCGCACGCGCUGCUCGGCCCCGUGGCGCUCGACCACUGGCACGAGGUCGCCGACACUAGGAUAUUUUUACAAGACGCCCUCAAGAAACUUCUAAUGUCCGAUCUCAAAUACUGCCAAGCUGAAAAUGUAGAGCACAACUUUUGGAAAAUUUUGUAUUACAAUUUCAUAGAAAAAUUAAGAAGAAAUUUAACACAGGUUUCGCCAGAAGACAAAGUAAAAGCCGUCAAGCUCCUAAAUAUAAUUAUCGAAGAAGGAAAUGAUUAUUUCGAGAAUCUCGUUCAAUUGUUGGAAAAGACUUACAAGUUUAAUACUGACGAUUUCAUCAACGACAACCACGUCUUGCCACCGAAAGGCCUGGGCUACAUCGGGCUAGCUUUAAUCUCUGUACAAAAACUGUAUAUUUUCUUGGGCGAUUUGACGAGAUACAAGGAGCAAAUCAAUGAGACUAAUAGUUUUGCUAAGAGUAAAUUUUGGUAUACGAAAGCUCAACAGAUCAAUCCAAAGAAUGGGCGGCCAUAUAAUCAGUUAGCUAUAUUAGCGGUUUAUGCUAGGAGAAAAUUAGAUGCAGUUUACUAUUAUAUGAGAAGUUUAAUGUCGUCGAAUCCGUUUGCAUCUGCGAGGGAAAGUUUGCUGUCAUUAUUCGAUGAAAAUAGGAAAAAAUACGAAGCCGCAGAAAGGAAGCGGCGGGCCGCAGCGGAAGGCGCCCAGACGACGGAGAAUGGCGACAGCACGCACGGACCGCGGCGGGAGGUGUGGGUGCGGCCGAGCGGCCAUCGCACCACCACGGUGCAGCACGACUCGUUGGAGGAGCGGCUCGCGAACAUGACUCCUGUCGAGUUAAACAAAAACUUCAUUACGAGCUAUUUACACGUACACGGGAAGCUCAUUACUAAAAUCGGAAUGGAGACGUUCCACGAGAGCGCGGGCCAGAUGCUGCGCCAGUUCCGCGCGCUGCUGCACCGGCAGCCGCUGCCCACGCCGGCCGCGCGCCUCCUCCAGCUCACGGCGCUCAACAUGUUCGCCGUCGAAGCCACCGUCAACGCCAAAGGGAGCAAUGCGUCCGGGCGCUCCGCAUGGCUAGAUUGUGCGCUGGGCGUGUCCCUUCUGAUGUUCGGCGCGAUGCUGGAGCGCUGCUGCGCGCUGCUGCCGGAACCUGAGCAAUCGCAGCACCACGCUGACGCGCUGCUUCUCUUACCAGCUAUCAAGGUGUGGUCGGAUUGGAUGCUAUGCCACAGUAGCGUUUGGAAUCCACCGCCGUCCUUCGACAAUUUCGAUAUAGGUACUGAAAGCAGUCCAUGGGACUGGCUCGCGAGACUCAUGAACAUCCUCGAAGACCUCGAUGAUAAGACGAUAGAGUUGGAAAGUGAAUCGAAGGAAGGUUACGUGUCGGUGCGAUUACCCGAGGACUCGUCGCUGGCCGGGUUCACGCCGCUCAUGUACAUGGAGCCGGCGGCGGCGUGGGCGCGCGCCGACCCGCCCGCCAAGCACCACGCCGCCGAGCACGCGCUGCGCACCACCAAACUGCUGUUCUUUGGCACAGAAUACCUGGUGGGUGUGGACCCGCCGGUGCUGCGGCUCGAGUACCCGACGAGCGGCGCCCCGCGCUACGUGAGCGCCGUGCAGCCCGCGCAGGCGCACCACACCCCGCUGCAACACCUGUCCGAAGACUCUGAAGAUGAAGAUAGCACGAGCGCGGCGGCGAGCGGGCCGCCCAGCCUCGCCGAGGAGGCCGCAGGGGCCGAGGGGCCUGACGAGGCCACCAGGAGGCUGCUGCGCAGGAAGGAACAGCUCGAGAACAGGAAGGCCAACUUAGACAGGCGCCGGCAGCGUAUGCAGGAUAUGCUGCGCGUGAGCUCGGCAGUGGUGGAAGUGGAGGUGCGGCCGCGCUGGCUGGUGCCCGACACCAACUGCUUCAUCGACCACCUGCCGCUGCUGCGCGCCGUGGCCGCCGAGCCGGGCACGCCCUACCAACUUGCCGUACCACUUAUCGUAAUGACGGAAUUGGAGGGUCUCCGCAAGUGUACGCGCGUGGGCCCCGCCGCCGACGCGGCGCUGGCGUGGCUCGGCGCCGCGGGCCCGGGCGUGCGCUUCGCCACCAGCAAGGGCUCGCUGCUCGCCACGCGCGCCUUCGCCGAGCGCGACCAGCGCGCCACCAACGACGACCGGGUGCUCGCCACGGCGCUCAACCUGCACGCUAACAUAGCUAGCGAACCAGAGCGGACAGAGGAGAGUGGAGGCCGGCUGGUGCGGGAAGUGUUGCUGCUCACGGAGGACCGCAACCUGCGCGUGAAGGCGCUGGCCGCCGAGCUGCCGGCGCGCGACCUGCCCUCAUUCGUCGCGUGGGCCGGACUCACACCCACGAAUUCGCCGUCAGAAGCAGAUAACGACAAGGCUGUUAGCAACAAGUGAAGCGGGUAUCCCUAGACCACCCAGCAAGAGUAACGACGGUUCGUCUCAUUAUGUGAUUGUAUGUUCAGCAUGCUGCAUGCCCGACUGUCUAGCGGUUAGUCGGCCCGGAGGUCUCCGCGCGCCGAGGGGACCUAGGUACCCUCCAGGGCCUUAGUGCUUAAAAGUCCAUAAAUCCGCUCCGGCGGUUCACUAAUGUGCGUCACUAUAGUAAUAGGAAUUGAUAGACUAAGUAAAAUUCGUACACCAAUAGACGUUUAUACAAAUAAUACACUUUGUUAAGGGCUCGCGAGCUCGCGCUCGGGUUCGGAGCCAUGUUUACGUUGUUAUCAUUAUAUUCUAGUUUUAUUUCUAAGAUAUUAGGUAAAUCGUAAUCUUAGUGUUAUAUCGCUAUUAUUUUUACUUAUUUUUAAUGUAACAUAUUAAGUAUAUUUUUUAUUUUUUGUAGUUAGGAUAAUAGAAUUUAAAUAUACAUUAUCCAUUUCGAGACAGAAAAUUGUCUAUUGUCUUCUUUUAUUUUUAUAUUGAUUUAAUCGUGUGCCCAGUGACGAUUGCUGCGACGCAAUGUCACGGUUUAUAUUUUCAUAAAAUUAAGGGUGUAUGUUAUGAGAGUAGAUACCAGUUCUACAUCUUGUGGUUGAUAAAUUUCUCUUGGUUUUAAUAUUUACUUACUUGGACUAGAAUCAUAGCCUAGAACUAGAAAAAAAACAUCAUGUUUACUUUCGCGUGCAAAACUCUAUUAAAUAUAU